AUGGCCUGGUACAGCUUCUGGAGUAGAGCCAAGGAAGAGGCCGAGAAGCCCAAGCUGAAGAUUUGCUGCGCCUGCCCCGAAACGAAGCGCGCGAGGGACGAGUGCGUGACGCUGCACGGCCCCGAAUCAGCGGAGUGUGCUGCCCUCAUCGAAGCCCACAAGGCCUGCCUGCGUGCAGAGGGGUUCAAGGUGUGGCGGGAUCUGAGCCCAGGCAAGAUGGCGAGUCGUGUGACCAAGCCGCAGCGGGAGAAGCUGGCACAGGUGGUGGGGGUGACAGGCGCCUCGACCCGCACCGCCCUGGAGUGCCUGACGGCCACGGGGUGGAGCCUGGAGGCCGCAGUGGACUACUACUACUCCUCUGGAGCCUACCCCGCUGCGCGUGGGGGCAGGGGCCCCAAGACAGACAAGGCGGCCAUCGGCGAGCUGUUUGCCCGGUACCGGGACGAGGGUGAGGAGGAUUUGAUCCUGGCAGAGGGGGUUUCCACGCUGUGCGAGGACCUGGAGGUCAGCCCCGAGGACCCAGUCAUGCUGGUGCUCAGCUACCACCUCCAGGCGGCCACCAUGUGCGAGUUCAGCCGCGAGGAGUUCGAGGGGGGCCUGGCCCGCCUGGCCUGCGACUCCCUGUCCAAGCUCAGGGCGGCGCUGCCGGGGCUGCGGGCUCAGCUGGACGACGCCUCCAGGUUCCCAGAGAUCUACAAGUAUGCCUACCUCUUCUCCAGGGAGAAGGGCCAGAAGUGCGUGCAGCAGGACGUCGCCAUCGCCAUGUGGCAGCUGCUCCUGCCCGCCCACCGCUGGCGCUACACGCAGGACUGGUGCGACUUCCUACAGGCCAAGCACAACCGCGCCAUCUCGCGCGACACCUGGAAUCAGCUGCUGGACUUCAUCCUCAGCGUCAGCCCGGACUUCAGCGACUACGACGACGCUGGGGCCUGGCCCUACCUGAUAGACGAGUUCGUGGAGCACAUGCGCGAGAAGCAGCAGCAGCAGUGA